UUCGGAAAUACUCAGUCGUUGUGUUCUUCCCGACAUUUGCGGCCGCGACAAUUUACUCCGACUGGUCCCACACGAGACAGUGGAAGCGACAACAAGAAUUGCUUAGGCGAAAUUCGGAAGAACUCCCGCAGUAAAUUAGCAACAAAAUGGUUCUAGGACUCACCAAACAAUACGCCUGGCUCGCACUGCCCAUGCUUGGGUUCACUAUCGGCUGGUACCUGGAUAACAAAGAAACCCAGAGGAUGACCAUGUUCCGCGACAAGAGUGCGCUCUACGGGCGUGCAUUGAAGGAGGGAGAGGCGCCCUCGUGGUAGGUCUUAAUUUAGUGUUGCAGAUGUAGGAAGGAAACUGGAGUAAAUAAAAGUCUUAUUUAACACGA